AGUUUUGUAGUCUUUUCAAUGUAUCUAAUUGUAAUUCAUCUUAGUUUUUUUGUCAGGCUCAGGCCAGCCUAGAUUCAUUGUUAUUAUCGUUGCGCAAGUACGAGGUCGAGCGAGACAGUUCAAAAGCAGGCCUAAUUUUGAGUAUUAUAAAAAAUCAAUGGCGUCGACAAGCUCCGCAUCCUCUCUAGCUUCCUCUUCUUUUCCCACUCAGGAUGCAGCGCACAAAGCCUUAAGCGACGAACUCUGGCGGUUGUACGACAGUCUGCGGACGUGGCUAGAUACGAAGGGAAUUGUGGAGAGCUAUUUUGACAUCCUCCGCACGAAAAUUCGCCGCUGCACGGAAUCUAUCAAAGUGCAAAAUUAUGUAAGUAGUCUGGGAGGUCACGGAGACUUCCGAUGCAAUAUAGUAUUUCGUUGAAAAAACAGCAGGAGCUGUAUAUGUAUUGAUGCUGAUGUACCAUGCAAUGAAGGAUGACGAUAAGGAUACGGCCGGCAUUUCUACGUGUAGUUGCUCAUUCUUUCGUGGCAGACGCAGUUUGGAUUUGGAAUGCUAAAACUGAACAUGAAAAAUGAACUCGGAAGAAGCCCCCGGCGAGGUGGGAAAGAAUUUCUCUAUAGUUAGUGUUGUGCCGGGUCGUGACGUGGAUGUGGAUCGGCAAGCAGGGUCAAACUCUGUAAAUUCCAGUAUCAGCAAGAUCAAAUACGAAUUCCCAGCACAUGCACACCCAGAUGACUGCAUAAGUCCCUGCAUUGGAUAAAGUCCGCGGAGGCCUGCGAAGCAGAGAAGGACCGCAUUCCGCAGAUCGCAAACCAGUGCGACCUAUCUGUCGCAAAAGUAUUGCCGUACGUCAUAUGGAUUUGAAUUGCAAUCUUCUUUCAUCAACGGACGUGCUUUUGGUUUCAUCUUACCUGAGCUUGCAUGACAGAUAAAUAAGAUUGCAUCUUCUUAUUUCAUCUUCAAAAGAUAUUCACAGUAAUACAGAUUACAAAGUGCAAAGCAUGCUACUGCUAGGACGAUACUUCUACUUUUGCAGUUGAUAGAAGCAGGUCGGGAAAGAAUCUGGAAUGGCGAUGCAAAAGGUAAAAGCGCAGUUGGAUCGCACCCGAGAGGUGUUGGAUGACGCAGAGUUGACCAUUGUAAAGCAAUUCAGGAAGCCAAAGUUGAAGAUACCUUCUGGAGCUGAAGAUAAAGCAGAGAAACAAGUGCAAUCAGCGUAGCAUCAUGUGUUUUGUGUUGAUGUAUCCUGGUGGCGAUGUGCACGUGGAACUCAACUUGGAAAUAAGCCAAGUACGAAGAUGAACAAACACAAAGACAAAUCGAUAUUGAAAUAUCGGACCUCCGGACUUGUUCUGUUUCUUUCGGUUGCCGAGCUAAUGUGG